AGCAAACAAACAGUUCUAGAUCAAUACUGGCCUCUUACCUUGUCCACACUAUUGCACAAACUAUUGGGAGACAGAACAAAAACAUGAGGCCUCCAAUACAACUGGUUUACUUAAUAUGUUUUAACAUCUUCCUUGAGAAGUGUUUCUGCAAAUCGGAACAUGACCAGGUUUUGGCCAUCACUGUAUCCACACAGGAACAUGUGGACACAGUGCAAAACUUAACAAGUCACAAUGAGACAGACUUGUGGCAGCCUGCUUCACCCAUUUACAUUACAACAAACUCUGAAGUUCACCUUUACAUUCGGUCAACAAGUGUGGAGUUUGUCACUGAACUCCUACGCAAACAUGGCAUUGCUUUUAGAAUGCUUUUGGAAAACACACCAGCACUAAUUGAGAUGCAGACCAAAAACGAUACAUCGGAUCCCCGGAGCGGAGGCGUGUUUUAUGAGAGAUAUCAUUCUUUAGAAGAUAUCUAUUACUGGAUAAACAAGACCAAGCAAGACUAUUCAGACAUGGUGCAAGUUAUUCUUAUUGGGUCAUCUUCUGAAAAACGACCACUCUAUGUUCUGAAGCUUUCCGGCAGGAGGGAGGAGGUGAAGAGGGCCAUGUGGAUAGACUGUGGUAUUCAUGCACGGGAGUGGAUCGCUCCAGCCUUUUGCAUGUGGUUUGUCAAAUACGCACUAGCAUUUUACAACCAGAACACUGAAAUCACAGAGAUUCUGAACAACAUGGACGUUUACAUCUUGACAGUCAUGAACCCAGAUGGAUACAAGUACACAUGGACAACAGAUCGUAUGUGGAGGAAAAACCGCUCAUAUAACAAAGAGAGCAACUGUCUUGGAGCAGAUCUGAACAGAAAUUUUGAUGCAAAUUGGUGCACACAGGGGGCCUCCGAUAAUCCAUGUGAUCCUACAUACUGCGGUCCGUUCCCGGAGUCUGAACCGGAGUCCCAGGCUGUGGCACGGUUCCUGCGCUCCCAUAAGGAAACAGUCAAGCUGUACCUCUCCAUUCACUCCUACUCUCAGAUGCUCCUGUUUCCUUACUCCUGUUCCUAUGAUGAGGUUCCAAACCACAAUGAGCUGUUUGAAGUUGUUAAGGAGGCCUCAGCAAAGAUACGCAGAUAUUACAGGAAUAACUAUAAAUAUGGUCCUGGUGCAAAAACCAUUUAUUUGGCCCCAGGAGGAUCUGAUGACUGGGCAUAUAAUCUUGGGAUAAAGUAUUCCUUCACCUUUGAGCUUCAGGAUCGUGGUCGAUAUGGGUUUCUUCUUCCCCCCAGCUUUAUCCCUCAGGCCUGUAAUGAGGCUCUGCUCGCAACAAAGGUCACAGCCUUACAUGUGAUCAAAAAACUCAAUGAAGAGCUUCCAUAAACAACCUGAGCACCCUCUAACUUUUACUCUUGACUAAACAAAAUGUGUAUUAAGAACAUAAACAGCAAAAGUUAGUCAAUAGACAAACAUGCCAUGUGUGUAAGAAAUGUUGACAAUAAUAAUAUACAAAAAAAUUAACUAAACGUUUAGUUUUUUUGUUUUUUUAGAUUGAGGCUAUUGAUUUGUGUGUUUGUGUAGGUGUAUCAUAUCAAGUGGUUUCAUAGUUUACUACACAGCUAUUUGUACUACAGUAAAACACAUCUUGAUAUAAUACUUUUAGUUUUGAAACAUUAUCUAUAGACAAACUUACAACAUAGAAAACAUGCAAACACUAUGAAAUUGUUUAUGUAUGGUUGGGGAUGUAGCAGUAGUCUUUAGCUAUCUUUCAAUAAAAGUUUAUUUGCAAACUCUUCA